CCGUCUCCGGCAGUAGUCCGUACGGGCCUGUCUCCCAUCGUCAUCAGUCAGUGCGUGAAGUGUUGGUGUGUAGUGUUGGUUCGGCACGGAGACCCGUGUGUGUGGCGACGAGUGCGCGAUGUCAAAUUUCUGCUAAUGGACGACCGUCAGAAAUCCUGGUGUGCCAUUAUUGCAUUUUCUCUUUGUCGGAUCACAGUUGUAGGACGUUAAAGUUGACUGCCUUGUGCCGUGCUUCUCGCGAUCGCAAGUUCGGAAUUUUUUGCGGGCGUGAUCGGUCUAGGAAAAGCAAAUCUUUAUCCUUUAUUUUGCGGACAUUUUUCAACGUCAUUCUACAAUCUUGAAAAAGGAGAAAAAACCCCGAACCGAUUAGUGCUAAACCAGCAGAACGGAUGUGAGCAGAUACACUGUGGAGGGAUGCUGGUCACCUGCGGCGGAAGAAAGCGCCUGCUAUUGUUAUCGUUGAAGUUAAUUUAAGGAUCUGUACGUUUGUGAAAAAGUUCGGCUGAAAGUAACCAUCGGAUGUAGGCUCCCCCGCACAGCGGUGAGGAAUAAUUGCGUUCAUUUUAGUAGGCUAUCGACGAAGAACAAAGCCUGCUUAGACUGUUUCAAUAGUUCGGACGUCGCACAGUGGGCGGAUAAAGAACAGGGUUUGCCAGGCUUUCAAUCUUUCCGAUUGAAAUUGCUGCGAUCGAAAAUUCUGCGUCGGAAAGUUUAACAAAGAAACAAUGUGCGAUUGUGUGCGUGAACCCUUUCUAGUUGCAAAGUUUAUUAUGGUAUCGGUGCGCGAGUGACGGCUGGUUCAAGCGUGAAUAAUAAUAACAAUCGUGCUCUGGCCACAGCCGACCGACGAGGCAGGGCAGAUCAGUGCUCUCAAUUUUGCGGCUCCCGAAAUCAAGCAGGCGAAUUAAAACACCCAAACACAGAGGGCUGAGCAGCUGUGUGUAGAAGCGAGAACAAGAGAGAAUCACCACACUAUUGACAAAGUCCACUCAACACUCUGGGACGGAAAGCCUGAAGUGUGACUGACACAAGAAGACGGAACAACAAGAGCAGCAGCAGCAGAAGAAGAAAACGAAACAAAAGUGCUAUCCCCAACAGUAAGGUGGUAUUGGUGUGGCCCCGUGCGAGAGUUGCAAUAUUUUUUUUUGUGUCAAAUAGUUGGCCCCCGUUUCGAUUAAAUUCAACAAUAAGAAGACCAACAAAAAAAACAGAGUCUCGGAAACGACGGUAGACCCUAUCGAGGCGGAAAUCUAGUGAAUGUGGUUUCCCAUCCGGUAAAGUUUCGAGAUUCGCUGGAAGGCUGCACCAGCAGGAGAACGAAAGGUUCAAAGAUUGAAUUUCAAAAAAGUCGUGUCGCAGCAGCAGCAGCAGAUUCUUCUAUUUUCUUCGCAAUGCUGAUUUCGUCGUGACUUUUCGAGUCGACCAUCGAGUCACAAAAUCUUAUCGUGUUUUUUUGAUUAGUGCCUAGUGUCUUUUCGUUUGUGUGUGUGUGUGUUUAUCUGUGUGUGCCACCACUUAGGCUGAGAACAGUUCGAGAUUUCCUGUUUAAUCAGUGCCAGAACGGAGCACAAAAACCUGUCUCUGCAAUUAGUGCGCGUGAAAACGGGCCGAUCGUAACACAGACAGAAGAAGGAGACUUCGAGGGGGUAAGCUUUCGGUACAGGAAGUCAGUGUGCUGGUCAUAGAGGAAGUAGGAUCAGCAGUACAAACCAUUGAUAUUGGGAUUCGGAAAAAAAACUAGAAGGAAGCCUUGAUACAAAAACCAUCCGCGGUGGAUUCAUGAGAAGAGAUGGGAAUAAAGGCCAGCACAGCAAAUGGUGGACAAUCGAGUCCUAGAGCUAGAACAUUCUCCACCAGCAGCAGUUCGGACGUGGUGUCCGCCGGUGCAGGAGCGCCGUACGAAAUAUCCUCCGCCAGUCCGGAAACCGAUAGCAGUUCCGCCGAGGAGAAUGCCGCGGCGAGCGCUGCCUCACUAGCGCUAGGUAGGGUCUAUGCGGCCACAUCCUUGCCGACACACAUCUGGUCGUUGAAUGGCAUCAAAUGUCCAGUGUGCAGCAAGUUUGUCAUGCCCGACGAUAUAGAGUGUCAUUUAGUAAUGUGCCUAACGAAACCUCGUUUGUCUUACAAUGAGGACUGCUUAACGGAUGCCAAGGGUGAAUGUGUUAUAUGUUUAGACGAUUUAUGUCCCGGUGAUAUCAUUGCUAGAUUACCAUGCCUCUGCAUCUAUCAUAAAGGAUGUAUCGACAAAUGGUUCGAGGUGAACCGCAGCUGUCCGGAACAUCCGGGUGAUUAGUAAAACUAAUGCCAGCAGUCCGGGCGAAGGAACCGCGUUUUGUACUAAGCAACGGGGGCGGCAUCCAAUAGCAACUAAACUAAUAGAAUUAAAUACGGCAGAGAAAGAGAGAGAGAAAAAAAAACGAGAACCCAACUGAUCAACUGUGAAUGUGCGAACGAAGCGGAAAUCGGGUCCCGGUAUAUCCCUUUCUGUAAGUGAUUUAUUUUGUUUUUCAAGCGAUUUUACACCAUCCAAUAAAAGACGAAAAAAAAACACAAAAACAAUUUGACCCGGACCUGCGGGGAAUCUGUGCCGAUGCGGAAGCGGAUGAUUUUUUUUUAACUUUUGACGUGUCGCAACAGAAUAAAAAAACGAACAGCGCACCGACUGCUGGAUGCGGACAAUGGUUUUCAAAGCCGGUCCGGACCGCUUGAAACCACCAUCGAGUAGCGACCACCGCCGGUUCGAGAGGACGGUGUCUCCGGUUUCCUUCGUCGUUCGAGUGUCGAUUGCUAGCUGACAAAAAAAAACUAGUAGUAGAAUCUAAUCGUGAUGAGUCGCUUUGUAAAUAUUUGAAUAUAUAUAAAUACAACGUUUGAAGCAGCAAACGAAAUAGGGGAGGAGAAAAUGUGCAUACAACUAAGGCUAGGCAGUAAGAGAUUAAAGUUAAAAAAAAAAAUAAAAAUUUCAACUGAUAAAAAUAUAGUGAAUCAAUGCUAAAAAACGACAACCAACUUGUAAACAAAAAGAGAGAAAAAAAAAAUACCCGUAAGGUGAAUUAUGUAGUGAUAUGAUUGUUGAAAUGUAUCAAUUUAUGGAAUUAUUUGCGCCUAUCGGGUCCGCCGGUAGAUGGCAGUUGGCAAGGGUUUCAGUUCAAUCGAAGAUCGUAGCUCCGUUCAAGGUUUUCUAUUUUCUGCAUCUUUUUUUACGAUUAGUCGAUUAGUUUAUUUGUUCGUGUUUCGUGGUUUUACUUCAUUGGAUCAUCAAUCAUCUGUGCUGUGCGUCGUAUUGUUGUAAAUUAAUCGUAGGGAUUCUCUUUUUCCAAAUGCUAAUCAUCCUAAGCAGCGAAAAUUAAUCAAUUCCGAAAAUAGCUUUCGGUACUCCGCCUGAACCGUCGAUGUACAGGACGGGUGGUCAACCGAAAUUUAAGGAAACGAAUAAAAAACGUCAAUCGUCACCGUAACAUUCGCAGAUAUGCGUAGUUCGGAUGAUGUUGGUUGUAAUCAGGGUUGUUAGUUGUUACAUCUGAUGUUUAAUAGAUUGACAAACAUUCUGUAGAAUAACGGCUCCAGUACUCAUAUACGAAAAACCGUUAGUUAGAGCGAGAUCUGCUGUCUCUGUUCUUACUGUCCAGUGAGAAUUCUUACAAAGCAGUUUCAAAAUCAGGUGCAGAUUGUGUGUUCAGCAACAAUUGUUCUAAUACAGUCUUGGAAUUUUAUUUCAAAAUCAUUCAAAAAAAUAUUGAAAUAUUGCCUGCUUCAAAUAGCGGAUAAAAUAAUGUUGUUGUUAUGUUUUUUUUUCAGAAAGAAUAGCAUCUUGAUUGAACUUUCUAACCGAAUGUUUUUAUCCUCGGAAAACAUUCCCCUUUGUUCUUCAAACAAAGCUUGCUUCAUUUAGAAUUAAAACAAACUUUUGCUCAUAUCGUGGCGCUCCUGGUGGACGGAUUUGGAAGUUCUUGGCGCCCACGUGUCGGGAAUUUUGCCAGCUUCACGUAUGAUUUUUGACAUUCCGCAAAUCGACUGUACUUUGUAAACAGUCAACAUGGAAGCCGAAAAAAGGGAAAAAAUUGUGCGCGGUUAUUUGGAAAAUCCUUUGUGGUCUGCAUCUAGGCUAGCUAAACAGUUGAAAUUGACCAGAAAUACAUUGACGACGAUUCGGAAGCCUCAAGCCAAUCGUCGGAGUGGAACUGUCGACCGGAAACUGCGUGGUAAGAUUUUGAAGACGAUGGAGGAGAGCUCGACUCCGGGAAGGAAUCAAGUCGUAUCGAGCUAGCAAACAGCCAAAUCGAACCAUAAAACAGAAAAGUGUGGUCAAAAUUCGUGCUCGGAAACUAUAUGACCAGGUGCUGACCAAGCUCGACGUGUGUCUUCUGAUGGACGAUGAAACCUAUGUCAAGGCUGACUUCGGGCCAAUCCCAGGUCAAAAAAAACGUGACUCAGAGAAAAAAAAAACGUGACUAGUUUCGAACAGUGAAAUAUUUUUGUUGAGAACAAGCCUCUAGAUGGCCCAAUACCAAAUUUCAUGACAAUCUAUCCACUAGAUUUUGAAUAACAACUGAUCGUGUCAAACGAGUUCUAGUUUUCAUCGAGCUAUGGAAAGAAACGCACCAGCGCAUUCAUGCAUAAAAUGCAACGGUGAAAUUGAAUGAUUUGCGGUACGGAUUGGUCCACCAUCCUCCGUAUUCUCCAGACAUGGCCCACAGCGACUAUUAUCUAUUUGCAAACCUGAAAAGGUUUCUUCAGGGAACGAAAUUUUCGUCGAAUACUGAGGUCAUUGCAGAAACGGAAGUCUAUUCUUAAGGCCUUGAUAAAUCAAAGGGGCAUCAAAAUGUUAUACUGAAGAAAACAAAAGGUAGCACGGUAAAAAAUAUCGACUUUUUCUUUGCUAGGCCCGGGACUUCUCAUUCCAUGUAGUAAUACUGCUUCACCGCACCGGGUUCAUCCGUAUGCUGACCCAAAGAAACCUUUGCUUUGUUCAGAACGGGCCAACGAGGCGGUUACAGUUUUGUAUGCCAGAGGCAAUUGCUUCCGAUGACUUUCGGUGAAAUGGCCUAUUCCCGUAUUUAAGUAUUCAUUUGACUCGAGGUAAUUUGUCAAUAUGAUGUGGAACCUAGAUGGGCCCAACAUUGAGCAAUUAAGAAUCGUUCGGUUUGACGUGGAACACAUUUUUGUUUUCUAUAUAGAGGUGCAAAUUAGAAAUUAAUGAAAAAAUAUCUCUAGAUUCAGAUUUUGAACUCUUUCAGCCCAGUCAAUUUUGUAUCCAUUACUAAUACUAUUUCAUUUUUUGAGUAGGAAUAUUUCUACGUAUCGAUUUGAAUGCAUCAAGCAACUUAUUUUAAAUUAUACAGAAUUUAAAUUUUGAACCAUAGCGUACAGUGUUCUAUUUCGUCUGCUAAAAAUCUAGGACACUAUGCUGGCUUACUGGAUUUCCCUAACGGAGACGAUGGUUUUAUUGGAAGGAGUAAGCGACUUAUCAACGCAACGAGAGCAACGUCCUGAUUGACCAUUUAAUGCAAAAGCAAUACUGUGGAAGCACGCGAGUCUAUGGAUAUAAGCGACAUUAUUCUAAAGCUUCAGUCGCACAUGAAGCAUGCUAGUGGAAGGUUUCAGCCAGGCAGCGAACAUCACGAACAGCGAUACAUAACGAUUGCUUGCUCUGACAGGCUUGCUUUGAUCAAAUCAUACUUCUGCGUAUUUUUUUUAAUACUUUCAGUGAAAGAAAGUACCGAGUGAAAUUUGUCGACCCGCAUAAGUCCGAUCAUCGGUCCGAUUGAGCACGAUAUGGGGCCGAUCGUUCGAUCGUCAUCGGACAAUUCUGCACCAUUUUCAUCAACCGCGUCGACCUCAAAGAGUUUUAUGUUUACAUUAUGUAUCGCUAUAGGAACAGAGCGAAGGAACAUCAAACAAGGCAUUUUCGAGCCAACGUCUCUCCGAUAGGAUGUGAAAUACAUUCUUUUGUUUCGAUCAGAGGCUUUAACUUUAAGGUCAUUCGCCUCUUAGGGAGUUGGAAAUCCAACCCCGAUAUAUCCCAUCCCCUGAGUAUCAGACAUCCGCUCUCUGCUUUGGUAUUUCUUCACUCUUUUGUUCUACCGAUACACUCUGUAAGCUCGAAACGCAAUCAAAAGCUUUCUUGCACGAUGCGUCCGAUGUUCGGAUUUACUGGGUACCCUAACAAAAUGUUUCAAUAUACAUUGUCAAACGAAGUAAGUUUAUCUCGAAGUUCUUCCCAAGGAUCACAGCAGGCGUGCGCGUCGGGAGUGAACAGUUUUCGCUUCUGUCGGAAUUUGUUUCGUGAAAAAUCGUUUCCUUCGGUUGUUGAGAUCUAGAAAAAAAAGUUCAAAUUGUCACGUUUUCCGGUUUUUGUGGUGUUAGAAUUACGUCCGGACUGAUGAUGUCUCACAGGAUGUCGUGUUUCCGUGUUUACACCGGUUAAACGGAUCGAAAACCAAAAUAGCCGUCCAGCAAAUACGCAAUGACGGAAGCAAGCAGCAAUUUAAAUAUGCCUUCAUUAUGAACCCGCCUGGAAUUAUAGCCAUGGAACAGCAAGAUUGCCCCUGUCAGCUAAACACAAGCCUAGCAAUUGUACUUGGAACGGCAGUAGAUUUCUUCGAGAGUGAGGAUAAAUCGCCGAAAACGGUUUCCAAAUCUUCUUACCAAACAAUGAUAGAAAAUUGUUUGCCGGUUACACAAAAAAUAAAUAAAAUUCGGAUUCCGUUGGCCAAUUCGUUUAUCAGAUUUAACUGCGCCGGACUUUUUUCUAAGGACAUAGAAUAUUCUAGACGUAGAAUAAUCGAGACAGAAUACUGAGAGUCUCCAACCAGGAACAUUGUUUGGUGCAACGGAAAACGCAUUCGGAACAAUCGAGUAAAAUGGACAUUUAUCCGUUGUCUUAGUUCGAACACAAUUGUCCUAAAAUAUGCCUUAUUUAUGCUAAAAACUAAUAGAAAAAAGCCGAGUAUUAUGAAAGCUUUCCGUGUUUAACACAGGAAGAUUCUCUUUGGUCCACCCUGUGAAAAUCACAUCUAAUUUUAGCGGUGAUUGGACCGAUAUUUACAAACUAGAAUUUCACGUGGAACUGAUGUAGGCUUCCUGAGUUACCAGUGCAUAAACGUUUUUGAAUAAGCAAUGCAAAAAAUUGAAUAAGAUCUGCUUGUACUUUGAUUUAUAACUUUUGACAGUUGAUAAUCAAGCGAUGGUUUUCAUUGAUCGAUUCUAGAAGUAACACCCUUCAAUUUUUCUGCAAUGGAUGAGUGAUUUACCAACGGUUAAGAAUGUGUGGUGUGUGUUUAUUCAGUGAAAAAUAAACUGCCAACUGCACUGAAGCAAAGAAGCUACCGAGCAGCAUAGACAUCAUAUUAACAAGAUAUCCAGCUCUCACAUUUUCCGAAUAAAUCAAUGGCCUUUUUUGCGAACAUGGUGCCCUCAGGCGAGUCCGCAUCGAAUCUCGUACGUAGAAGCAGGGGAGAAAAGUGUCAAAUUCGUGCGCGCCAAAAUAGCAGCACUGCGCACCCAUACAAUUGACAUAUGUUGAAUGUGAUGCCGUGCGAUGGCGUUGUUGAACUGAAGAAUGAUUUCGCUCCAAGCUGACAGGGUCUAUGAGCAGCUAGAUAAGGUAGACAUGAUAUCAUAAAUAUGACGACGGACAGGCAUGAGAUAGGAACUAGAGAGCACUUUGUUUUCCGAUCUUUCUGUUUGGAGAAUGUUCAUUUCGCUAAAACAUAAACGUGUGAAACUACGAACAAAUCCCCCUAGAAACAUCAUGUCAUAGGGUCAUUAGUCAUUACGAUUUAGUUCCUUUUACUUUGAUGGGCUUUUUCAAUCAAGAUAAAAAACCAACAAGUAACUUUAUUUCAGUAAAUGAAUGCAACAAACCAUAUUUGAUGGAAGAAAUGAGGCGAAACGAAAAUCCUUGAUAAUUCCAUAAUUUAAAACAAAAUGUGACUAAAAGAAUCGAAAAAUAUAGGACAAAUAAAAGUAGUAUGAAACUAAAAACCGAUUGUAAAUACGUCUAAAAAAGCAAGUACAUAAACUAUAAAAUAAAGUAUCUUAUUCGCCUAGGUUACACAAUCGUGCGCGUGGCAAGGAUUGACGAUGAGCAAACAACAGCUUGCGUGGCAGAGCCGGCGUCAGCAUCAGCCGAUGUAGUCACAGUGACAGUGACGAAAAAUGUUCUUUAUUUUGUCUGUCAGGUAUUUCCAAGAUCGGACCGGAUCCAAGCUAUAUGAAACGGAAAAAAAACAAAAUAGCCAUUUACUAAGAGAUGAAUCAAUCUUAAUCUGUGAUUACUAUUACAAUUUAAAAGUGAAUAAACAUAACCGAAAUGGCCACAAACCGGAAUAGUUUCGUUUGUAGUUGGAAUCAAGUUUAUCAAGUUUUCGGUCUGCUUCCUGUUUUGUUUGUUUUUGUUCUAAACCAACCAAGGGAAGGCGGAUGAGGAAACAGACGAAACGAAGAUUGCUCAUUGAGGACCGCCAGAUCGAGGGCGAUCUGCUUCGGAAGAAGUCCUGAGAAGAAGAAAAUAAAUCAGACAACGUUAGGUUCUGUUGUCGAUAGGCCCGUAAGGUGAAAAUAAUUAACACAUUACAACAAAAAUGUAAAAAAUGCGGGCAAUCAA